AUGGAUGAGGGCUGGCAUGCGAGAGAAGUCCCGCAAAAGGAGGAAAUUGAAGAGAUUCAUCAUGAAGCCUCGAAACUGUUAAUGCAGAAAGAUCAGCACAUUGCUGAGCUUACGAAACGACUGAAUGACAUCCAGUACCAUCCGGACAUUCUUAAUGAUGACGAAGUGGUUCAAAUUAUGGCCAAGCUCAGCCAAAAUCUGGACGUUUGGCUGGAACCCGUGGAUGUGCCGUACAGUAUGGGAAUAAUCAACAAGCUGCAGAAUAUGCAUCACAACUGGGCUUUUAUCCGGGCAUUCGUCACCUCAUAUCUCUUCUACUAUUUCUCUGACGUGUACAUGGUGGGAGUCAGGAACCCGGACAUUGAGUAUAGCCUGAUUACCAUGGAGUCGGACAUUUUUGGGAAAUGCCCAGGUUAUGUGGCUGACAACUGGCGCUCAGCGACCGGCAUGGGCAUUCAAUCUGUCACCAAAGGAUAUCUGGACGACGCAGCCAUGAACUGCAUGAGAGGAACUGAGCAACUCGGCUCCUGUGCAUCUGCUGAUCCCGGAUUGAGAGAAAAGAAGCUAUAUGAACUCUUCCAAAGCUGCGUGGACUUUGGAAUAGCAACGUCCUCCUCUACCCUGAGACAGUCUGGACUAAGAUAG